AUGGCAGCGCUCGGCCACCCCGCCGCCUUCGGCCGGGCCACCCAUGCCGUGGUGCGGGCGCUGCCCGAGUCCCUCUGCCAGCACGCGCUGAGGCGCGCCAAGGGCGACGAGGUGGAUUUCGCCCGUGCCGAGCGGCAGCAUCAGCUCUACGUGGGCGUGCUGGGCAGUAAGCUGGGGCUGCAGGUGGUGAAGCUGCCAGCCGACGAGAGCCUCCCCGACUGCGUGUUCGUGGAAGACGUGGCCGUGGUGUGCGAGGAGACGGCCCUCAUCACCCGACCCGGGGCGCCGAGCCGGAGGAAGGAGGUUGACAUGAUGAAAGAAGCGUUAGAAAAACUUCAGCUCAAUCUAGUAGAGAUGAAAGAUGAAAACGCAACCUUAGAUGGUGGAGAUGUCUUAUUCACAGGUAUCCUAAGAAUUUUUGUGGGCCUUUCCAAAAGGACAAAUCAACGAGGUGCUGAAAUCUUGGCUGAUACUUUAAGGUAGGACUAUGCAGUCUCCACAGUCCCGGUGGCUGAUGCUUUGCAUUUGAAGUUCUGCAGCAUGGCUGGGCCUAACCUAAUCGCAAUUGGAUCCAGUGAAUCUGCACAGAAGGCCCUAAAGCUCUACUCUGGGGAGCAAGGCCGAUUCCUCCAAACCCGCAGCUGUGUAACAGACCACGGUGAUGCAGCCAAGAUGGUCUUCAGAACCAUUUCCACUCUGCCGCGUGCCUUCUUCACCUUUGAUAUAGUGCUUAAGCUCAUCCCCAUUGCUGAUGUUUCCUUCUGUGCCAAGGAUAUUCCAUUAUCAGAUUCCUCUUGCUCUUUCCCGGCUCUUGACAUAUUCCACACUAGGAGAAGUGAGCAGUUGACCUGCUUGGUGGGUCAAUCAUGCACAGAUGGUGACCACCGCUAUGACAAACUCACUGUGCCUGAUGACAUGGCCGCGAACUGUAUAUACCUAAAUCCCAACAAAGGCCACGUCGUGCUACACCGAACCCCAGAAGAGUAUCCAGAAAGUGCAAAGGUUUAUGAGAAGCUGAAGGACCAUAUGCUGAUCCCCGUGAGCCAUUCUGAACGAAAGGUGGAUGGGCUGCUCACAUGCUGCUCAAUUUUAAUUAACAAGAAGGUAGACUCCUGAGUUGAAGUCCCUCCCUUGUAGCCAGCAAUACUGCACUCACAAGGCCGAUAACUGUACCACUCCUAUCGUGUUCAUUGACAAUCUACUGUGCCACUGUGCUACUAACUCUGGUUUACAAAAGUCUGAUUCCAAGUUUGCUUCAUUCUGCACCCCCCCCCCGCCCCUUGCGGUGGUACCUAAGCCGUGGGUUUUGCUAAAUGAAUUAAGCAAUCUAGAAAAUAUAGAGCUAAUGAAUUAUUGAACUGUGAUUAAUAAUAGUAAAGAAACACUCAUUUUAGUGUUUGUAUUAUUGGUGUGAAAUAUAUAUAUGCUGUUUAGUUGCCAAUAUAUGCUAAAGGGUAUCUUCUUGAUCAGUCAGAUAGGCUGGGUUGUUUUGUGUUUUGUUUUUGUUUUUCUCUGUAUCAUUAAUCAUCUUGGUUCCUGAAAAAUUCCCUCGUUCCUGGAUCCUCUCCGUUUCCUUCUUUUUUUUUUUUUUUUUUUCAUCUGAACUCUGGAAUUUUGUUUCCAGUUAUUUUCUUUGCCUUUCCCACUUCUAUUACCUUAGGUAAAAUCCACUGUCUUGCCUUCUGGAUACCUUCCUGCAGGCCUCCCCCAUCUGCCACAUCCGUCUCCUCUGGCUCAUGGCUACGUAUUUGGCCACCACCUCCAUUCUCCCCAGGAAAGGCAGACAGGUCCCUCAGCAGAAUUGUGACCAAAAUCAGAGAGGACUAUUUGGGGAAGAGUUAACUACAAAGAAGCAUAUCCUGAUGGGGUUUGCCCCAGAUAACUAAAUUCCAUAAGUAGGACACCACAGCUAGGAAGGUAAAUUCAGCUCCAUAGGGUUGCUAGGAUCGUAGAUCAAGACACUUGGAAACACCAUAUGGGUACAAUGUCUUAGGAAGUCUUUUAAGUCACAUUCCAUGAAUUUUGCUUUAUCACUAGCCAUUUACAGACCUUGGGGAAUACUCUUAUUUAUUCCAUCAGCUCAUUUCUAUUCCCACCCCCCCACCAUCGUGACUCACCCUAUUUCCAGCGUUCUACCCCCCUGCAAUUAUCCUGGUCUAACGACGUGAUUUCUUUCAAAAGAGACAUUGCAUCUAAAGUGAUUAUUGAUGGUCUAGUGAGAGCCAGAUGGAGCAUGUACAGGAAGUGAUCCGCUUGGUGCUUGAAACCGCAGACAAUGGACAAUUCUACUUUGAAAUAUCUAUGAUUAUGUACUGUGGAAUUCAAUUAACACUUCUUUCCUCUCUAGGUUUUAAAUUACACAACCUAAAACUGAUGCCAGUCUCUUACAAAGAACAAUGCCGCAGUGAAGGGAGAGAUCAUUGUCUUUUACUUAAACCUGAAAGAAACAGCCUCUUAGCAGGCCAAGGAAAUGGUACUUUCCAAGGAAUGGUGACUGAUCCAGGCAUGUUAUCAAACUUCCUAGUCAUCUCCACCUUUCCGGUAUUGCCUGUAGCUUGUUGUCAAGAUUAACAAUCAGGGAGAUUAAGAAAUAUGACUGAAAGUCUUGCUCUGCUUACCUAUGUAUUUCUAACCAAUCAUUUCUUAGGUUUAGUGACCAAAUGGAAGUGAUAAGCCUCUGAGAAAACCAAGGCAUCCGUAACUACUAUCUGUCUUUUUCAUUUAUUUGAUGAUCUAAUGCCAGGAUUUGAAGAAUUCCUUUCCACUCCUUUUUGAUUAACUUUAAAUUCAUUUCACAUGCAGAUAUCUUAUAUAGCAUCCCAUGAAUGAACCAUAUCUUAGUCACUGUCAUAUUUGGAAUUGUCUCAUCAUAGGUGAAUAGUAUGUUUUUACCAGAGAGAAAAUGAAUGUUACCCACAUGCUCAAGUUAAUAAGGAAAAAUUGUCUUCCACAAUUAUGGUUGCCCUUUUGGGUUAAAU